CCCACUUGGGCGCUCGAGGAAGACACGUGAUAUCAGCGGCGGAAAGUCUAGACAGCGACAUACAGCAACUCUGCGAGUAGCAACUGGACGUCUUCCUCUUAUCUUUUCUUCUUUUGCGCCUGAGAAAAACGGAAAAAUGAGCGAAACAGCCCGCCUCAAAAGCACUGUCUAUGUCGGAGGUCUCGACCAGGCCGUAACAACACAAACACUGGCAGAAGCAUUUGUACCUUUCGGUGAAGUCGUGGAUAUUACUCUCCCCAAGCCAGAUGCUCCCUCUUCGACAGAUCUCCAUCGGGGGUUUGGGUAUGUGGAGUUUGAUCUCCCGCAGGAUGCGACAGAGGCAAUCGACAACAUGGAUGGCAGCGAGCUCUUCGGACGCACAAUAAAGGUUGCUGCGGCCAAGCCACAGAAGGAUAGCAAUGAAGGACUGGGUAGUAAGACUGCGAUUUGGGAGCAGGAGGGCUAUUUGGCGAAGCACGCCGUCAGUGAAGAAGACAAGCUUGCGACAGAACAAGCUGAGGAGGAAUCAAAUGAGCGACCCCAGGACCCCAUGCAAGGACUGGAGCAGCUGGACGUUGCAGGUCCGAAACCCGAAUGAGCACCAAGCCUACCAAAAAGAAAGGGAAAAGAUCCCGACGACCGGUGAUCUGGUAGGAUAUUGUUUCCGACAGAUCCCUCCAUUCACGAUCCGUACUAUAUACACACACGCCGAAUUCGAGCAUGAUUGUUUUUAAUUUGUUUGCUGUCCUUGCUAUUUCUCCUGCAACAACGAACUUCCCUGUGCAUAAUACAAAGCCUCAACGGUACAACGGAAUGUCAUCAUGCAGUACAUUUUAGUGCUCACGCUGCUCGGGGCUGUUGCGGUAGAGACGCAGGGUCUUGUCGGUCAAGAGCUUAUUGGUCAGGGAGUAACCGGCAGCUCCAAGGGCGACACUGGAGUAUCCGUCAGCGGGGUUAAAGGGGGAGAAUGGCGGGGGAAACAGAAGCUCAAUGUGUAUGUAGGAUCGUGGAUAGAAAAACAUACGCAAGGACAACACC